GUUUGAUGACUAUACUAGUAAAAAUAUCGACUAAAAUAAAAAAAAUUCAUAAAACGCAAAAGUCAUCUUUAUUUUACGCGAAACUUUUUUUUUUGAUGUGUCUAUCACCGGUGUUGUAUCGUGAUGACAAGCAAUUUAUAUGUCCGUCAAUCAUAUAGACACUUUGGUUUGGUAGUAGCUAAAAAAAAAUAAUAUAAAUACAAAGAGUGAAAGACAUUGCGUGAUAAAAAAUCAAGAAGUCAUAUGAAAAUAAAACUCAACAAUGGAUUUUUUUGACAGUCACUACUACAAAGGGAUGAAAAUUUUAUUGUGUUUAAUAGGACGUUGGCCGUAUCAGACUCUUAAAGAAAGAGUGUUUAUAACAAUAAUACUAUCUACUCUGUGGUCAUACACUAUGUUUCAUAGGAUGCUGGUUUAUAAUAAUUAUGAUAAUUAUUCAAAUAAGCAAGAAGUUGUUUUAGAGACUAUUUCACCAAUAAUUGUUGAUAUAAUAACUUUUGCUAAAUAUAUAACGAUAAUAUGUAAAAUGGAUACAAUUAUAGAUCUUUUAGAGCGAAUCAAACAGGAUUGGAAAAUCUACACCAAUAAAGAAGAAAAAAAAAUCCUACAGUACUACGCAAAUUUGGGAAAAAUUCUUUCUUUAGGAUAUGUUGGAGCGGUAUAUAUGGUAACCGUUUUAUUCAUGACUGAACCGAUCGUCGAGCAAACAUUUUUCAAACUGUUUCAAAAUGAAACAAUUCCAAAGAGAUUUUCUAUCCCUAUAUAUUGGAAAACACCAGACAUUGAAAAAUAUUACUAUUACUUAAUAUCAUUCCAAACAUUGAAUACUAAUUUUAUUAUAAGUAUCACUUGUGCUAGUGACGCAAUGUUUAUAAAUUUAUUGCAGCAUGUUACUGGUUUAUUUUCAGUCACGGGGUUUUUAUUGGAAAACGUUCCAAUUGAAGAAAAUUCAGAAAAAAAUGGGCAAAAAAAAAUGAAAGAUGUCGCAUAUGAACACUACGUCAGAUGUAUGAGAAGUCACAAACGGGCAUUAGAAUUUGCUGAAAAUCUUGAAUCUAUUUACGCAUGGUGUUUUGGAAUUGUAAUAACAUUGAACAUGCCUGUAAUGAGUGUAACUGCGAUGCAGCUUAUGACUGGACCAUCGAACGUGAUACAGUCUAUGAAAUACGGUACAUUUGCUGGUGUACAAUUGCUGCAUCUUUUUUUCUACUGUUUUAUGUCACAGAAGCUUUUAACCAGUAGCUCACUGAUACCAGAAUGCGCGAUGAACGGAAAAUGGUACCUUUGUUCAGUGAAAGCCCAGCGGCUGGUGACUUUAAUAAUCAUGAGAAGCCAAAUUUCAUGUCAACUUACUGCAGGGAAAAUUAUCGUACUGUCAAUGGAGACUUUUACUUCGAUUGUUAAAACUUCUGGAUCGUACUUCACGAUGUUGGUACAAAUGCGAAAUGCGUAGAAUACGAAAUUCAAAUGCUUGACCUAUAGUGUUUUAAUGUCCAAAUAGUUACCGUUCAUUAAUUAUUUAAAUCAGUUUAUACUUCAAGUGAAGUAUUUAUACUCAAAUUUAAUAAAAAGAAAAAUAAUAAAA